CAUCCUCAAGUAUCCUAACUCAAACACUUAUUUCUCAUACAAGUUCUUUGAAAAAUCAAUAUACAAUAUGGGUUUCCGCAUUCCAAGUAUUAGAAGGGCAGCAAAAACAAUUUCCAAGGGUCUUGAAGUACCAAAAGGCUACCUUGCAGUCUAUGUUGGAGACAACAUGAGGCGAUUCGUGAUUCCGAUAUCAUACUUGAACCAACCUUUAUUUCAAGAAUUGUUGAGUCAAGUUGAAGAAGAAUAUGGAUAUGAUCAUCCAAUGGGUGGUCUUACAAUCCCAUGCAGUGAGGAUGAGUUUCUAAACAUCGAUUCUCGCUUGAAUGAGAUGUAGAUCAUGCUAUUCGGGUGUAGAUAGAUUAGUCGAGAGAUAUAUUUGUACAGAAGGCACCUCUUUUUUUUCUUCUGGAGAGUUCCCAUUUUGCAUUCAUUCCUAUGGAAUUGUAAAAUGAAUUUUCUGAAUGAGAAAGUAGUUAUGGCAAGAUACUGUUGCAACUUGAAACACCUGUUGCUAUUGUUAUAUUUCAAUUCUCAAAUGAACUAACUCGUUCAAAUGAUAUAUUGAACAAGUGAAUAUAGAUCAUUAGUUAGCAUUUAAACUUUGUCAUCUUUCUUUAUAUUCCUUUGCAGAGAAGCAAGAAAGAUGUACAUAACAAAAA